CUUGACGUCAUACUUGAAACACAGGAAGAUGGCCGAAGCAGCAGUGGAAAGCCCAAGCAGGUUUUACUGUCAUCAUUGCUCUGUAGAAAUACUUCCGAAAUUACCGGAGUAUGUCUGUCCACGAUGUGAAGAAGGAUUCAUAGAGGAAAUGUCAGUUACAGACAACACAUUAUCUGAAGAAAGACAAGAUCCUUCACAUCAGCUGGCAGAGCUGUGGGGAAGGACAUUUCUUGAUUCUAUACGUCGCCAAACAGAGGAUCAUGAUGAAGAUGUAUUUAGUAAUAGUCGUCCUCCACCACAGGUCAGUUUUCAUCAGGUCUUCCCUCGUCCCAGGAUGGCCUUUCAUAGGACGGCAGCCAGGGGGACAGACAGACACCCAGCUAUUGAUGGAAUCCUUCACCAAAUUCUUGGAGGGUUAUUAGGUGGACAAGCAGUUUUAGCAGGAGGUGUUCCAUUUGGUGUCAUCCAUGGUAACCCUGGGGAUUAUGCCUGGGGGUCGGGAGGGUUAGAUGCUAUCAUCACACAGCUUUUAAAUCAGCUGGAAGGGGUCGGUCCGCCCCCAGCUUCUACAGAAAAAAUAGCUGCUAUUCCCACUGUUAGCAUUACACAAGAUCUUGUGGAUAAAACUGUGCAGUGUUCAGUUUGCAUGGAAGAUUUUACACUUGAAGAAGAAGCUAGAAAAUUACCUUGUAAUCACUACUAUCACAGUGCCUGUAUAACACGAUGGCUAGAAAUGCAUGGAACCUGUCCAGUUUGCCGAAAAACAUUAGAUGGUGAAGACACAAGUGACAAGGACUAUCUUCCCCCUCAGCCAGUCUCAGCUAGCAAUCAGUUAGACAGCAGUCAGUCAGGGUCAUCAAGUGCAUCUCCAGAUAAUGGCAGUCAAAACCAAAUGGACACUCAGCCAAAUUAGUGUUUUUGUUGAAAUUUCUAUUCCUGUAUUUUUUUUUUCUUUUGCAAAAUGAUGUUUGAACUGAAUACUGGCUGGAAGAUUGUGAAAUGACAUAGAACUUAUUCAGCAAUUAUAGCUGUAUUACUUUCCCUGCUUUUCCUAGGUGUCCUGUUUUUUUUUUCUUUUUUUAACUGCGGACUGAAUCACACAAGAAUGUAAUUUGUGGAUCCUUCAGAGUGCCAUUUCAUCAUCCACUAGAAUUUUUGUAAGCAUAAGUCAAUUUUACUAUUAUUUGAGAUUACUUACAACUCACAAAGUCCAGUAAUCACAGGUUGUGAAAUAUUGAAGCUUUGGCUCGUAAGGUUCUGGAGAGGAUGUAGUGCUAGAACUCAUUGGGGCACCUCAUUCAAAGCAUGAUGAACUAAGGCUUCUCCUAGUGUAUGAUUAUACUCCUUGAUGAGUGUAGGAUUAUACUCCUUGAUGCGUAUAGGAUUAUACUCCUUGAUGCGUGUAGGAUUAUACUCCUUGAUGCGUGUAGGAUUAUACUCCUUGAUGCGUGUAGGAUUAUACUCCUUGAUGCGUAUAGGAUUAUACUCCUUGAUGCGUGUAGGAUUAUACUCCUUGAUGAGUGUGUAAUAUUUAAAGAUGGUCUGUUUAGUUACAUUGACACUUAGAGUGUGGUGUUCCCUGUGUAGCCAAACACCUUUGUUAAUGGGAGUAUGUUUUGACUGUGAGAUCUCAACCUUUAAGAAAAAUCUUGCUCUACAUUUGUGCAUUUGUUCUUCUAGUUUCCAUGUGGCAAAAAUGACCAUGCUUCCUUUAGGACAAAGACUGCAAGAUACAUGCUCAACAUAUUUAUAUGGGUGAAAGCUGUUUCAUGUAGAACUAGAUCAAAAUACGAACAUGGGGAACAUUUUGGAGGUACUGAAGGUCCAAAAGGACCUGAACUACAAGAUAUCUGCAGGUUCUCCUAGUUUUGUGCAGAUCCAUAAGUUAUUGUUUAUCUAGGGGUCAAUUUUAUAUAUUGUAUUUUGACAUAAACCUUGUCCAGAGGAGCUGCAUUAUCAAGAAUGGUGCCGGUCCUGUGGCUUUUCAAACAGUCAUGACAGCUUUGACCAGUGGUUUUACUGUCUGCAAAAUGUACUCGACUUCUUCCUCUUUUAGUACCAAAGUUCUGUUAAAAAGCACAGAAACUUUGUUAUUAUAUACUAUUGUCAUAUCAGGCAACAUUUUUCUGAAAACUUAGCUUAACAUUUUAAGUUAUUAGUGGAUACAAGGUACUUCCUUGUUUUGAUAUAUCUUCAAAUUCUAGCUGUCACUGACUGAUCUUUAACAAUGGCCACAUCUUCUUUAUAUCAAAUAGUCUCCUGCUUGUGUGCAGUCACUUAGUUUAUAACAUGUUUCAUAAUAAUACCGUAACUGUAUGUUAAGAUGGAAAUUCCUUAAAGAGUGCAUGUAUUUUAACCUUUCAAAGAAUAUCUUGUUGGUAAGAUGUGAUAUGAACAAUGUACAUACCUAUUUUGCAAUGCAACAUUUUAAACCUAUUCUGUAUGAAACUACUGAAUAUACUUAAUACACUUGAAAUGCUAUGUACCUUAUUUUUUAAUUGUAUAAAAUAUGCACUUUUUAUUUAUUUAUAUUUUGGUAUAACGUACUAUCAAUAGUCACUGUAACACAGCUUAACCUGCUGGCCCUAGCUACACACGUUUACAGUGCUUAUCUCAUAAGUAUUUAUGAGGAAAAGGAUCCUGUGACAUGCGUAAACAUUAAUUGAAAUGUGAAUCUGUUAUAAUAUAGCUUGCCUCUUUAAAAGAUAUUAUUGAUAAUAAAGACAGUUUUCAUCAGAAGAA